CUGACAAGAGACACAGACUAUUGUAUUCUAGUGUAAAGGUCUCGGAGGGAAGGAAGAACACCCCCAUCUGCAGCCAUGAAAGGCACAGAAGGUCCCAACUUUUAUGUCCCCAUGUCUAACAAGACUGGGGUGGUGCGCAGCCCCUUUGAGCACCCUCAGUACUACCUGGCUGAGCCCUGGAAGUACUCUAUUGUGGCUGCGUACAUGCUGUUUCUCAUCUUUACCGCCUUCCCCAUCAACUUCCUCACCCUCUUUGUCACCGUCAAAAACAAAAGGCUGAGGAACCCUCUGAACUAUGUCCUGCUCAACCUGGCCGUGGCCGACCUCUUCAUGGUGGUUGGCGGCUUCACGGUCGCUCUCUACACCGCCCUGAACGGGUACUUCAUCUUGGGCGUCACCGGCUGCAACGUUGAGGGAUUCUUUGCCACCUUAGGAGGAGAGAUUGGUCUCUGGUCCCUGGUGGUUUUGGCUAUUGAGCGCUACGUUGUGGUCUGUAAACCAAUGACCAACUUCCUCUUUGAGGAAAAACAUGCCAUAGCUGGCCUGGCUUUCACAUGGAUCAUGGCCCUGACCUGUGCUCUUCCCCCUCUGCUCGGAUGGUCACGGUACAUCCCAGAGGGAAUGCAGUGUUCCUGUGGGAUCGACUACUACAGUCCCAAUCCUGAGUUCCACAACACCUCAUUCGUCAUCUAUAUGUUUGUCCUCCAUUUCACGAUCCCCCUCUUCAUCAUUUUCUUCUGCUACAGUCGCCUACUCUGCACUGUGCGAGCGGCUGCAGCCCAGCAGCAGGAGUCUGAAUCCACCCAGAGAGCGGAGAAGGAGGUGACCCGCAUGGUUAUCGUCAUGGUGAUGUCCUUCCUGAUGUGCUGGGUGCCCUACGCCACCGUGGCCUGGUACAUCUUUGCCAAUCAAGGGACUGAGUUUGGACCAGUCUUCAUGACCGCUCCCGCCUUCUUCGCCAAGAGUUCUGCUCUGUACAACCCGAUCAUCUACAUUCUGCUGAACAGACAGUUCAGAAACUGCAUGAUCACCACGGUGUGUUGUGGAAAAAACCCAUUUGGAGAGGUUGAGGUCUCUGGUGCUUCCACAUCCAAAACUCAGACUUCAGUCAUAUCCAGCCAAGUGGCUCCUGCUUGACCGGUUCCCCCCUCCCCCCUACCACCUUUGAUGUCCCAUCUGUCCCAGCACACCUAGGGACCCGCCCACGCCAAGCAACACUCCUCUAUUGGCCAAUCCUCUUGACUUACCUCUCCAUGUGUCUUCACUGCCCAGGCACAACCACUCUCUCGGUUGGACUGACGAUCUCUAGAGUCAGCAUGUGUAUUUUCAAUCCAUUUAAUCAUGGAAAGUGUUCAGCUGGCUUAACCGAGUUUAACCCGGCAUCAAGGGGUGUUGUGAUGAUCCAACUGAACACAUUCCAAGCUCCCCACUACCCCAAAACACAUAAUAGGUCAAUACAAACUGGUAUACGUUGCAGCUAUAUAUAACCCCAAAAUGCGCUUCAAACAAUCCAUUUUAUGAUUACUUGGGUGAGAUUAGUCAUGAAUCUUUUGAGUUUUUAAGGUAUCAGAUGGGGCUGUGGUCUUGUCUCUCCUCUUGACUUUAUGCAGAGGAGGGGUUGUUAGUUUGCUCUUGGCAUUGACUGAGACAUGAGUGUAAACAGAUGGACCAGAAAAAAAAUCCUCUGCAGGGAGAGGGCACCUCCUGCAAGUGUGUGUGUGUGUGUGUGUGUGUGUGUGUGUGUGUGUGUGUGUGUGUGGAGGAUGUCAGAACGCAGUGUGUGUAUUAUAGCGAAAUGGGGAUAUUAUUUUGUUUAUUAUGUUAAA